CCCCGUGCCUCAACCUUCGCCUUCGCCUUUCCCCCUUCUCCCUCCCCCACCGCACUAGCGACUUCAAAAACUACCACCACAUACACCCAGCCAAUUACCGCCGACAUGCGCGUAAUAGCAUACCUACUCGUGCUCCUGCCAAUCCUCUACUACUCGAUUGACACCAUUCUCCCUCGCUUCUUCAUUUUCGACCCCGUUCGGCUGCAACAGCUAUCGCAGGCUUCUAUCGAGAAGUUUCCCGACAAUGCCACGCUCUUGAUGGAAGAUUUGCAGGCUUCGUUGUUGGCGGAGUAUGGGGAUAAGCAUAUCAAUAGGUUGAGGAAGGAUGCGUGGUUUUUUAAUAAUGCUGGUGGUGCUAUGGGCUCAAUGAUUAUCCUCCACGCCUCCGUCACAGAGUACCUCAUCCUCUUCGGUACUCCCCUAGGAACGGAAGGCCACUCCGGCGUCCACCUCGCACACGACUAUUUUACAAUUCUCCAUGGCGAGCAGUCUGUCUUCUAUCCCGGCGACCUCGAGCCAACUGUGUACAAACCUGGCUCGCAGAACCACCUUCCAAAGGGUCGUGCGGUGCAGUACAUUCUUAAUGGAUGGGCUCUGGAGCUUGCGCAAGGUUGGAUCCCAUCCAUGCUUCCGUUCGGCUUCCUGGACACUUUCACUUCGACCUUGGACUUUCACAACCUAUGGAACACAGUUUACUGGACUGCGCGUGGGAUUGUGGGACAAUUGCUUGUCGGAAAAUUCUAAACUGUCUAUCCACUUUCCUCUCUUCCCCCCCGUCCCAAUUACAUAGAGAUACCCGCAAGAAUAAUGUAACAUUAGCUAGAUAUCUGUACCAUACCCAUAGACCAUCCGAUGCUAAUACACUAGCGGCUUAACAAUCUUG